AUGACGUCGGCCCAUGACGUGGAGACGUGCGCGGGGAAUUUCUUUAUUCUAAUAGCGAUAGAUAGCGCGCAUUUUAAUAAACUCUGUUAGACAGUUGUUGGGUAAAAUGUCUCAUUCACUGGAAACGGAUUUACCAGCGAACUUAUCAUGUCUGAAAAAUAUCGACACUUUGCUCCGGUGCCCCAUUUGCUUUGACUACUUGAAUAUAUCCAUGAUGACGCAGUGUUCUCAUAACUUCUGUUCCUUGUGUAUACGGAAAUUUCUUUCCUACAAGCUGCUGUGUCCAGUUUGCAACACGCCAGUGACUGAACAAGAGCUGAGAAACAACAGACUGCUGGAUGACCUUGUUCAGAGCUUCCAAGCUGCGAGGCAACAGCUAUCUCAAACAAAUUUUGAAUCACCGCCGAUCUCUCCCAAGACCCCCACGAUGGUCGUCGGAGGAAAAGCAGCAAGGCAGAAAGCCUUUAAGAAAGAGGGCACCACUCUGACUCAGUUUUUCCAGAAACGAGCCCCAGUCAACUCUUCCACAGGAGCACAGACAAGCUCUAAAGGUCUGCUUCCAGUGAAAUCAGAGCCCAUGGAGGUGUGUAUGCAGGGAGCUCUCCUGCCAGAGAGUGCAGUGACUGUGACCACAGCAGUGAAAGAAAAGAAGUGGGAUGUGUCUGCUUUUCCCUCCACAUCUCAGGAUAUUAAACCUGUGCUCAGAGUGGAUUGUCCAGUGUGUGGAGUGGAAGUGCCUCAACAACACAUAAAUAAACAUCUGGAUACAUGUCUGACCAGAGGGGAGAAGAAGGAUAGCCUCAGAAGGUCUGACCAACUAGGCUUGUCCAGUUCUGCAUUUGUAGAGUCCAACUCUCAGAAGCGCAGGCCGAUGGCCAAGCUGGUGUACACUCUGCUGACAAUGGUGGAGUUAAAGAGAAGGCUGAAAGAGUGCCAUCUGUCCACGCAAGGCUCCAGAGAUCAGCUCAUCCGACGGCACCAGGAGUUCGUACAUAUCUACAACGCACAGUGUGAUGCGCUCAACCCCAGAUCAAGUAAGGACAUUGCUAGAGAGGUUGAAAACAAUGAGAAGAUGAGGAAUCUGCUAGAGAAUAAAAGUAAACCUGCAAUACUCAUCACUAAAAACCACACAGCUGAUGAAAUUGAACAGUUGCACUCUAAUUAUCGGAAACAGCACAGUGGGGAGUUUUCCCGAUUAAUUGCUCAGGUCAGAGGUCGUUUGGAAAAUUCCAGGAGAGCAAAAAUUAAGCAGGAAGAAGAGAAAUCAGUGGAGGAAUCAUGUUGCAGUGCUGAUGACACAGUAGACCAAAACGCAACCCAGCCUCAGGUUUCUUCAACACUGGAAAUUACAAGCGAUGAGGAGACAACUGUUAUAGAACUUGGGUCAAGGUCACUGAGCCCUACUCUCAGUGACGUGUCUGUCAGCAGCUCCAUUUCUGAUGUGUUCAAUUGAAGACCAUAAGGAAGCUACUUGUCAAUAGCCAGGUGGAUAAAUCGUAAUAAAUGAAUUAUGCAGAAAUCCAAGCAAGUUAUCCAACUCAUUUAUCCCUCACAUCUACACUGGACUCUGACUGAUGGAUCCUACUAAAAUCAGACUCUGACUGUCCUUGUACUGUAUAUGUGCAAGACUUCCCACUGUGACACCUUUAGACUGCAUACAGUGUUACAUUGUUCAAAGAAUAUUAUUAUUUUCUCUUAUUCGAAUACAUGAAUAAUUUGGAAUACUCUAUUUGUAUUAUCUCCCAUUGUUUCACUGUAUGACUGAACACACUGUAUACAGUUUACUAUUAAUUCCCUUGCUUACUUUAGCUGCUUUUUGUACUACAUACAAAAAAAACCCUACUUAUAAUAUUGUCUGGGUCGGCGUGCACAGCUGAAGCACCAGAAUUUCAUUGUAUAUAGACAAUAAACGUGAAACUUGAAACUGAAGUCUCAGCAAGUCAUAACUAACAUAAUUUGAGCUUUACUAAAGACUAUAGGAGACAAAUGCGUAUAUGACUUGUUGCAUGAAGUGUAUGAUUUUGUAUAGCUAUAGUAAUUCUCCUCAUCUAACACUUGUAUUUAUGCUUACUACAAGAAGUAAGAAUUGUUUUCGAAUGCUUUGGCCAUUAGCUAUAGUGUUCUCACAUCAUAUGUUUAAUAUACUAUUCAUGUCUGGCUAAUAUCCUUGUUGGACUAAGUACAACUGCAUUUCUGCAAGCAGGAGUUUUAUAUAAUGCUCCGGGCUAGAUUUUGGUGCAUUCGCUUUAGAAGUGGGAAAUCGAAACUUUUAAAUUAAUUCAUUUUCGACCUCCUAGCUACAAAAGUGCAGAAAACAUGGAUGUCUUCCAUGAAAGCUUGUCGUUUGGCUAGUGACAAGCCGGCUCAUUGUGAUAUAUCAGUGAUCUUUUCACACAAAGAAUAACCCGUGUGUGAACGUUAAUCAGCGUUAUAGGUCAGCCAGAGAAAUUCAAUGAAUUUGCUGGACCUAGAAACUUCUAGAACUGCAUGACGAAAAUCAAUCCCAGAAUGCAAUGCCUCUACACUGUAACACUGUAUAACGGCUGAAGCAGACAGAAAAACGAGACCUGCUGUAUAUGUAAAAGAUACAGUAUUUUAUUGUUUUUAUGGAAAUCUACUAAAUUACUCUUAGGGUUACAGCGUAUUUAAAAAGUAAAGCAGCAGAACUUUGUGCUGACCUCGAGGUUGUGAACUCCUCCUUGAUAUUCCAGGUAAAAAAGUUAAGGAGCUUUUUCUUUUUAGAGAUUUACAGAGAAUAUAGAAUUAUGAGAUUUAUAUCAUAUUAUAUGUAGCCCAGAUACAUGAUCAGCAUGAGCAGAUUUGAUUUUGAUUCUAGAGAGAGAUGAAGGAGAACAGACUGCAGGCAGGAAAUGAUUAAGAAUGGACUAGAAUGUGACGAAGGAAAAAAAAAUAAAAUCUUUAAGCCUCUAGUUUACAGAGCAAAAAGAAACAAUAGAUUGCUGACAUAAUAAUAAUGCAUUUGGAGUGAUACAAACAUUUCUUUUCAUUUUCUUUGCUUUGCCCCAAAUUUCUUUGCAGUACAUCUUUAGAGCUGAUCUAUCAAAAUAUACACGACAGGACAAAUGUUAGCUUUAACAGUUAUUAAAUGUAGGUUUUAGGGAUCCUACUCUAUUCUGUCCUACACGAGUGUACUGUUCUUCAUGGUAAUGUCCUGUUCUGCUGGAAUUCCUGCUCGCCUCUACAUAUCCAUCACAGUUUUUUUUAGAUUAUUAAAUUUCCCUUCUCUAGAGUUAUUAAAUUAGGCAAGCUGUUUGUGAUACUCUGCUCCAAAUAGAGCACAGUCGGACUACACAUCUGAACCUGCACUCCAGGUCUCGAGCAGCAUCUCAAUUCCUUUUGGAUUUUGCAAGAGAGUGUGUCCACCCUUAAAUUUAUACGGAUUUUAACAAGCAGGAGUGAUUUUUGGCAGAAAUCAUACAAAAGAAAGCAAGAAGAAUAACAUUGGCUGUUGUUAUGUUGGCAUAACAUUAAUAAUUUGUAUUUUUUUUUUUUUUUUUAUGAACAGGCUAAUGUGGAUGCUGAUGAAUUUACAAUUGUGAUGCCAAGUUAAACAGUGAAGGUUGGAGAUACGAUUUCAUGAAGUAUGACACUUGUGAUAAUGACUAUCAGGCAUAUUUCAGCUUGCUCUCGUCUUAGCUAGCUUGUUUACUUAGAAAACUAGUUGUAAUAGUCUAGCAUAUCAGAGAGGGUUACUAAUGGUUCAUUUCACCUAAUGUAUUAGUUAAUAGCUAAUCAGUUUCACCAGGAUUUUUAUGAGUACAGAGAUUAACGCAAAAUCAAGCAAAUUCUGUGAUAUUCAGGGGAGCUUGCAGUUUUUCAAACACAGAGCAGAUUUUCCACAGAUUUGGGCCAAGAGACAUUGUGUGUCACAUUCAGCCAAAGCUCUCUUCCAAUCACAUGCAUCAAACAUGAGUACAACUAUCACAGAAAGUAAUUCCAUAUGUGUCUGCACUGGUAGGAGUUUAAAAGAAGUGUCCUGUGCUUACAAUAUCUCUAAUUCUAAUUCAGUAUCUCUAAUUCAAGUAGUUUUCUGCAAAAAAAAAAAGCAUGAACAACUCCAAGUUGCAUCACAAAUUAAAAAAAAAAAAAAAAAAAGCCACAGCAAUCACAAGUCUGCGAAAUUAUGAAAUAUGUAUAAAGCCUGGGUUGCGUGGACAGUUUGCACUGACCAGGCAUAACAUUAUGACCACCUGCCUAAUAUUGUGUUGGUCCUUCUUUUGCUGCCAAAACAGCCCUGACCCAUCAAGCACUGUGUAUUCUGACACCUUUCUAUCAGACUAGCAUUAACUUCUUCAGUAAUUUGAACAACAGUAGCUCAUCUGUUGGAUCAGACCACACGGACUAGCCUUUGCUCCCCACGUUCUUCAAUGAGUCUUGGCUGUCCAUGACCCUGUCGCCGGUUCACCACUGUUUCUUCCUUGGACCACUUUUCAUAGAUACUGACCACUGCAGACCGGGAACACCCCACAAGAGCUGCAGUUUUGAAGAUGCUCUGAUCCAGUCGUCUAGCCAUCACAAUUUGGCCCUUGACAAACUCGCUCAAAUCCUUACGCUUGCCCAUUUUUCCUGCUUCUAACACAUCAACUUUGAAGACAGAAUGUUCAUUUGCUGCCUAAUAUAUCCCACCCACUAACAGGUGCCAUGAUGAGGAGAUAAUCAGUGUUAUUCACUUCACCUCUGUGUUCAUAAUGUUAUGCCUGAUCGGUGUAUGAUUACAGUGUAAUCAGCAGCAUAUUCAAUUAGACUUCUUGCAGUUUUGCAACUUGGAUAACAUGCUUUAGUUGUCACAUAUACAUUAUUACAGGGCAGUGAAAUUCAUAUAUCUCAGUUAAGGUGAGAGCACAGGGUCAGCUCUGAUACAGCACCCCCGGAGCAGAAAGGGUUACAAUAGUGGCAGCUUGGUGGUGCUGGGGCUUGAACCCAAAGCCCUACCUGCUGAGUCACCUGUUGCCUUUGGUCAAGUAUCUCUUUACCCUGAUGUGUUAACAGUUGCUGUGUAUUUCUAUUAAAUUUGCUGUAUAUUUAGUGUAAUUGCCUAACUUAAUGUGAUUAGUUGACAUCUUUUGGCAAUAUUCCUCAUAUUUGUGGAACAUUUGUUCACCCUUUUUGUGCUGUAUAGUAUUUCAAUAUACAGCAUAUUUUACUUAGUAAAUUUGAUAUGCUUUAUCAGCCUUUGUGAUGUAAAGCAAGUGGCCUAUAGUCCAAUCAAAUAUGACAGGUGUGAGUUAGACUCAUGUAACUUUAAUCAUCUGAAUGGGCCUCCCAGAACACCAAGCUAAAAAAAAUAUACAUCAUAACUUUUGAACUGACUUCAGUCUGUACUCUGAAUAUGGCCCUAGUAAAUUAUGUAAAUGCUAUUAACAUUUAGGACCUCUAAACAUUAACUGGUGGUUUUAGUCAUCACUGUUAGAAAUACCCAUCAUUUAUCUAUAUUAUUAUUCACCUCUUUUCUGAAGCUUGACCACAAACGACGUUGUUAACUGCAUGAUUGACUUAGUUUUCUCAGAAAGAUGUCAUCAUGUGACCUCGGGUCAAAUUCGAGAGCCACCGAUGGUCCAUUUGCUUAUAAUAGAAUGAUGAGUGAUGAGAGGAAGAUUCAUCAUUUAAAAAAAGAAGGUAGAACCUUGCACUUGUUAAUGAUGCGUAGUUGGGAGUGCGAGGAGAAAGACGCCUCUGUAAAGAUCUCAGGAGUUCAGUUAUGGAUUUAAGUGUAAAACGCUAGAUUUAAUGACUUCCACUGAAUUAAAAUGGCUUUAGUGUGGUGGUGUGUUUUGAUAAUGGAUUUGUCUUCACAGUGACUUCAUCUUUGUGUUUGUGAAUCAUUCCCUGCUCCAUCUCAGAUUAGUCUAAAGGGUAAUUUAACCAUUGCUGUCACUGAACCCCAGCUGUGUUAUUUGUUUUUCCUUUGCUCUGGGAGUGUGAAGCGAACCCCUUGUGCCACAUUCUGGGUAAGAUUUCACCUAUGCGAGUUUUUCUUCAACGAGAAACCUUAUCUGCAACUUUCAGCUUGUGUCAUCAACCCUCUGACACAGCUGUUAAUUGAAGCGCUGUCAGUCUGGUGAGAGCUGGGAGAGGUGAUGGAGGAGGGAAUAGUGUGUGUGUGUGUGUGUGUGUGUGGCUUCAUCAUUUCUUGGAUUUGACCUCAGCCAGAAUCACAAUCGCCUAAACUCAUAAUUUCCACAAACAGAAAUUCAGAUUUAAUUAUGACUGUGUGUGUUUGUACACAAUCCAUGGACCUACGUAUUUGAUGGGGAAGAUAUGUAAACAUAAAGGGUUCAGCUGACCCCUUGCUAUGUUGAUAUGGGACACAGCUAAAACCAGCACUGUUUGAAAUUCACAUGGCAGAAGAAGUACCCCCCGACUUACCCCAAACUUUGUCUGUGUUUUCUUACUGCUGCUUGGUGCAAAAUUAAACAUCAUAAUAAUACAUAUGAGGAUAUAAAUAAAAACAUGUGGAUAUAAAUAAUAAAUACAAAUACAAAUAAUAGUAAAAAAUAAUAAUAAUAAUAAUUAUCCUUCUUUUCCAUCAGCACACACUAGUAAAAAAAAUUCCAGUAAAUUGCUUUUUUGUUUUUGUUUUGUCGUUGUUGUUCUUGUUGUUUUCUUCUACUUCUCCAUUCUGCCUACCAGAUUUUUUUUAUGGUAACAACAGAUCCACAUCAAUAUUGGGCAUAAUUACAGCUGGGGAUCUUCCAUUUUUGGUCUGAUAGCAAUUAUCCUGAUCCAUCACUGCUAUGGAUAGAUAUCACAUUACACAAAAGGUGGAUAUGAUGGCAGCUGGCCAUAACAUCAUAAACCAGUAUGUGUUAAACUGAAGCUAAUGUUAUCUAGCCACUGUGUUUGAAGUAUUAAUGUAUUAAAUUGGUUUAGUUUAUAUAAUCACUGCGGAUUUUGUUCUUAAAUGAUAUAUUUAGUGUGUCCUUUAAAUGUCUGCAAAGGUAAUAGAAAGCGCACAAUAAUUUCUGUGCAUUUCCUAAAUACAAUUUUCUCAGUAGACUAUUCAUUCAAUUCUGUGGUUUACAAGAAUUACAUUACGCACCAUUCUGUUUAUUUCUAGUCUGAGAAAUGGCCUGGAAUACACAAUCCAAGGACUUGCUCCAUUUAUGCAUGUCUCUUUAGAAUUUUAACUCUGCCAGCGCAGCCGUGGAGAAAAGUCCUUGGCACGCGAUCUCUCACUGCCCAUUUCAGAUGUCUCAAAUUGAUUAGUUCCACUAGUUAGGAACGGAUCUGAAAAAUAUUUGACUUGGCUAAUUUGUUGAAAAUUCUCCACAGAUAAUUCUGCAGACAGAGUGAGGUAUUAUUUUUAUGGUAUUCCAAACGGUCACGUUGUCCUCCGUGGCUGCUUGUUGACUUUGAUUAAUAGUCGGGCUGCAUGCUUCACCCUGAGGAGCGGCUUUGAGGAGCUUUAGCCGUUCCUAUAUAAUGAAAACAUCCAUGUGUGGUCCUUUCGCUUUCCUACAGUAAAGCUGUCGUAAUAAAAGUGUCAUCAGUCUGAGUGUAUGUCAAGCAGAGGAGAUGUCACCUUCACACAGUGGGUUUUAUUGGCCUUUACCAUGCAGCUUGUUGGCCACGUGCAGCUAGCAAGGCGACUGUCUUGCUGUGUGACCAGCAUCCCCUUUUUCCAUGUGUUCAGAUUACGGCAGUGCUUUAUUUGUUUAUGCAGUGCAGAAUCUAGGUAGAAGGAUCUAAAACUGUCAGGCUUUACAUUAUUUCCAUCCCAGAGCAUCCCAGGUUACUUCAUCAUUCUUGUGUUAGCAGGAACAUUUUAAAUGUAUAUCAAACAUUUGUGGUUUCAUUACAUUCAUUUUUAAAUGCGUAUAAUCUUGUUCUCUAUUUCUCUGAAGCUACUACAUUUAUGUAAAGAUAUAAUGAGUCAGAACUGAAUGUGGAAAUACGCUUUCUAGAGGAAAAAAUGAAGUAUUAAUUCAAUUAAACACAUCUUUACACUUUCCUCUCUCAUUAUAUAAACACAUUGUGUCACAGACUGUGUGUUUGUAUAAAAUGAAAUUUAAUAUUUGAAACAAAAUCUUCAAGUUUACUAUAUCUUAACAGUAAACAAGCAGAUGUAUAUGUUCUCCCCAAAAUCUGAAUAAUCAGCUGAUAGAGAAUGAGCACUCUGAGCUCUGCAGUGUCUGAGGCGUCAUUUCAGCUGUAAAGAGUUGGAUAAAAUGCACAAUUUCUUGACCUGUUUCUCAAGAACUGGAGGUUUCAGUGGUGCGAGGUCCCAGUGUCAUUUGAAAGACAUUGAAAAGCUUUUUUUAAACAGUUAUAUUACAUAUUAUAUAACUGUACAGUGUACAAUGUCUGUCAUUCAGACAUGCUGAGCUCCUUUACCAGUCACUUCACAUGUGCAGCUGAUUCCCAGUAAUUUAUAAAAAAAAAAAAAAUAAUCACAAGUGCAUUUGCUGUUUUAUUUGUUUGCUUUAUAAUAAGGUUAUGAGCGUCUACAGUUUGGUGUUAAAACUUUAAACUAUGUGACAGUCCAUUCUGCUGCAUGAAUGACCAAGUUAAAACUAGAAAAUUUGGGCUCACAACAAUUUAUGUGAAAAGUCAAGUGCUUUUUUGCUUUCCUGAUUUACUUUUUAAUGGAUGAAAAAAUACAUUACUUGAUUUGCUAUGUAAACAGUCCAUGCAGACAAUUACAAGCGUUAUACAGGUCAAGUUUACAGACAUUUCGAGGAGCAGAUUACAGAUUCUGUGCCCAGAUUCUCCUGUUGUCCAUAAUGGAAAAUUGCUGGCAGUGUUCAUUCUGCUUUUACUGCUUUCUUGUCAUUAGGUUAUUAUUAUUUCUUUAAGUUUAGUUUUUUUUUUUUUGCGCACCAGAGAAUCAUCUGGCUGCACUGGGCACCUGCUAAUUUCAGACUGAAAUGUAUGGAUUGAAUGGGAUUUAGCAAGUGUCUGUAAAACAACUGAAAAGAAGCACAACCAAAUACACACAAGUGCCAUGGAUCAUAAAACAUUUUCCAAAUGGGUUUUCUCAGCCAAAUAACACACAAACAUAAUCACUUCUACACAUUUUGCUGGUUAUUUGUACAAGUAAGAAAUCCAAAAAUCACAGAUUGCAUCUGUGAAUUCUCCUUAAAUGUAUGCUCCAAUUCUUGUUGAGUGCAUUUGAAGGUGAAUCUCUAGAGUUUUUUGUCCUUGUGCGUCUCUCUCUCUCUUUCUGCUGAUUGAACGUGAAGUGUAUUUUAAAAACAGACGUGAAGGAAAGUCAUUGCUCAAGGUUACACCAGUGUAUUUAACAUCUGAGCUGAAAUGCAUAAGGUGAUGAAAUUAGGUUUUAACAUAUGCCAGACACAAUCAAACCUCAGAAACAAGACCAGAAGUAGACAUAACUCACAUCUGGCCUUGAUCUACCCAGAUUAUUAGAGACAGGAGCCUCACUUCAAACACUUGAGUGCUGAGGCUGUAGCAGCUCUGGCAAGUCCUUACAUCUAAUCUAAAACCAAGAGUUAUCAAGUGUUGCUAGACUCCCCAGAACCCAUUAGUAAAGCUGAUGCUGGAUUGCGGUGGUUAAUUCUGCUUCAAUUCAUACAUGGGUGCCGUCUACCUCCUCACAGGCUGCGCUCUCCCCCAAGUGCUGUGUGCUGAACUUUCCCGAAAUUACCUUCCUGCAGGUUUUCUUCACUUCACUGCCUCCUGCAUGCUUCCUAUCCCACUUCCUUUCUAAUCACACCUCUUUGACUUGUCUUGCAGGAAAUGAUGAAGGUGGAUUAUUGACCUUGAAGCCACUUAGUUGUAGUGGUAAUUAAUUGUGAAAAGUUUUCUUAAGAGAGCCAUGUGAUUUCGGUGAGCACUCUGAGAAGCACUUGAGCUGAGAGAAAGAUGAAGGGUGAAAAAUGAUGAACAGGCUCUAGCAGAACUGCUAGAGGAAAGCAAGACCCUGUAUAUAAUACCAUGUCAGAACACAUUACUUAACACUCACAGUAAUCCUCUUAUUAAUUCUGAAAACAAAUUUGAAUAUCUUGUAUGCUUCACUGUAUUAUCGUCUGUACUGAUGCAGUUUUUGCCUGAUUUUUUUCAUUCUUUAAUUAGUUGAGAGUUGUGUAGUCUUGUUUAAUCCUGUGUAUGCGCAUUUAUAAUGUAUUUAUAUAUUUCUUGUUUUCCCGUCUUGAGCCAGUGAAAGCACAGUAACACAGCAUCAUGGAUGAUCUCAUUUGCUUUUACUUUGAUUAGGGACUCUCUCAAACUGAAGAUGAUGUCGUCUUUGUCACAUAUACAUUACUGCACAGUGAAAUUCUUUCAUCGCAUAUCCCAAGGUUGGAGGUUAGGGUCAGAGCACAGGGUCAGCUGUGAUGCAGUGCCCUUGGAGCAAGGAGGGUUAAGGUCCUUGCUCAGAGGCCCAACAGUGGCAGCUUAGAGGUGCUGGGGCUUGAACUGACCAUCUGAUCAACAACCCAGAGCCUUAACCACUUGAUCUAUCACUGCCCACCAUAGCUCUGUAUCUGUCGAUGAUUGACAUAACGUCCACAUAUGAGACCAACACUUGUGCCUUCUUCUCAUACCCCAUGAUUUACACCAGAAACAUUCACAAAGUGCAAGAUUUUCUCACAAUACAAUUGCAUUGUGUUUUUUGUUAUGUCGAGAUCAUGAGAAAAAUGUCAUGAAAACAAGAAAAAUAUAACACAUGCCCUUUUAGGUCUUCCAUACUGUAGCGAUGUAACUAAUAGCAUACACAUAUGCAUCCAUAUUAUAUACAUAUACUAAAAUGUAUAUCAGCAAACAGAAUUAGACCUGAAGUUCAUUCAUUAUUUUUCAUGAACUUCAUCCUAGUCAGGGUCACUGGGGUUUCAGCUCCUAUCCCAGAACCAUACCCUAGAGACUAGAGAUGGGCCAGUCCUUCACAUGGCACCGUACCCACACAUUCACACACAUUGGGACAAUUUAGCAUAGCCACUGAGGUCUCAGGAAACAUGGAGAAAGUUCAUUCACAGACAGUUAUCUAAGGUCAGGUUGGAACCGGGGCCUUGGAGCUGUGAGGCAGCAGCGAUACCGACAGCUCCACUGUGCCGCUUUUGAAUUGAACUUUAAAUAGAGAUACAGAAAAAUCUGACCCUCUGGUCUGGUACUGCCACUUACACUGUCUAGAGAGCUGAAUGAUGUGCUUUCACAGAGAAAAUCAUCCCGAUUGAUCAUAGCAGUAAAAUGAAACCACUCAAGGGAACCGCUAACUUAUUUCAAUAUGCAGUUUACUUCUGGCUUUUCAAGUCUAAAAGUUUGAUGUUUCUUUCCUUUUUUAAACACUCAUUUCUCUUCGAUUAUGUCUCCUUCUGCUCAGUACAGCUGGGUAUUACUGCUGGGCCAGACAGGUCAACACUCUGAUUUUCUAUCCACAGAGUCCCAGAAAGUGGUCCAAGAGGCUAACGCAGAGCCGCAGGCUCCUGAGAGAUGAAUCCUUUAUUGCGAGGGGAACAUGCACUCAAGGCUAGACAGAACCAGCAUGAUACCUGGACUUAAUUUAAAAUUAACACUGAAUAGACCUUUUAUACCUUCACACACGAUUCUCUAUUUUCUUUAUGGGAAUUGAACAUAGAUUUUGAACAAUAAAAUCUAUUUUUUUUUU